CAAAUUUUACGGUCUUCUCCGCACGAAAGUUCGCCUUUGCUAGCAUUUCUCCCUUCUUCUUCGUCUCUCCUGAUCAUGGGAUUUUCCAUUACGUCGUCGUUUCAUGCCAUUUCGUUACAACAUCCACUCCUCCAUCUCCGUAGCCACAAGUACAUCCUCAAUGGUUCAAAUUCUCAUCCUCUCAUCUCAUUGUCUCUUCGCAGACACUCUCAUCAUCUCCCUUCAAAAUCACCUUCCAUCAACAAUUCUAAUUUCACCCACAAAAACACCAAUAUUGUUCGCAACUCAUCAAGAAACUCUAAUCUUACCGUCCGCUUGUCAACCAGCAAAACACCACAAGCACCUUCACCAUCGUCACCUAACCGUCAACUCAUCAUAAUUACCUCUGCUGUCACGGUGACACUAGCAGUUGCCAACCGCGUGCUCUACAAGCUAGCUCUCGUUCCCAUGAAACAAUACCCUUUCUUCUUAGCUCAACUCACCACUUUCGGGUAUGUGGUGAUUUAUUUUUCAAUAUUGUAUACACGGUACCGGAUGGGUAUCGUAAGCGAUGAAAUGAUAGGUGUUCCCAAAUCUCGGUUUAUGGCCAUUGGUAUUCUGGAGGCUCUUGGAGCUGCGAGCGGAAUGGCUUCUGCAGCAAUGCUUCCUGGGCCUGCUAUACCUAUAUUGAAUCAGACAUUUUUAGUGUGGCAGUUGGCUUUGUCUGCUUGUCUCUUGGGAAAAAAGUACUCUUUGAACCAAAUUGCUGGCUGCCUGCUUGUGGCUACUGGUGUAGUGUUGGCAGUUGCCAGUGGGUCUAACGCUGGUCAGAUGCUAUCUGGAGUUGAAUUUGUAUGGCCAGCCAUAAUGAUAGCAUCUUGUGCUUUUCAAGCUGGUGCUUCUAUCAUCAAGGAAUUUGUUUUCGUUGAUGCCAAAAAGCGCCUAAAGGGAAAAUCACUUGACAUAUUUGUUGUAAAUUCCUUUGGAUCUGGAUUUCAGGCGCUGUUUGUUCUUUUCUUCUUACCUCUUCUGUCAAACUUAAAAGGCAUUCCUUUUGCUGAACUUCCUUCAUAUCUCAAAAGCGGUGUUGGCUGCUUUCUAAACAUGGGAAGGACUACAACAGGCUGUGAUGGAGCUCCCUUACUUCCACUACUGUAUAUGAGUACCAACAUGGCUUUUAACAUAUCAGUGCUCAGUCUACUUAAGAUUUCCUCGGCAGUUGUUGCUUCACUUGUUGUGAUGCUAUCAGUGCCACUUUCGAUCUAUGCCCUUUCCCUUCCGCUGCCAUACCUUCCCGAUGGCAUGAGCUUGAGCCCCUUUUUCCUCUUCGGCAGUUUGAUUCUUGUUUUAGGUCUCAUAAUAUACAACAUACCGCAACCUGUCAAGCAAAGUUCUUAAAUCGCCAAGUUUUUCUAUUCUUGGUCGUAAGAUUCAUUGCAUUUUUAAUGCAUAUUGAAUUUUGAUUUGUUAAAGAUCAUAAAUGAUUCUAAUA